UAUUAUAUAUACGAGCUCUAUGUAUAUUAUUAAGAUGUUUCACUUAUAGUUAGAAAUAUAAGCAAAAUACUUCUUAUUAUAUAGUAUCAAAGAAUCACAAAUCAUCAUUGUCUUCAAACCAAACCAAACCAAAUGUCAAAUUUUCUGAAUGGAGACCUCUCAUUCUGGUUCUACCUAUCCAUGCCAGCCUUGAUCAUCAUACUAGUCUUACCCACAAUCCUUAAUCUUGUAUCCAAAUGGAGUUCAAAAUCAUCAACAACCCACAAAAUCUCACCCCCAUCCCCUCCAACACUCCCAAUACUAGGAAACCUCCACCAACUUGGCAUGUCCCAUCACCGCACACUCCACUCCUUAGCUCAAACCUAUGGCCCCUUAAUGCUACUUCAUUUUGGUAAGGUACCAGUCCUUGUGAUCUCAAGUGCUGAAUCAGCACGUGAGAUUCUCAAAACCCAAGACCAUGUUUUCUCCAACAGACCACAUCGUAAGAUGUUUGAUAUCUUUUGGUAUGGUUCAAGAGAUGUAGCAUCUGCUCCAUAUGGCCUCUAUUGGAGACAAGUAAAGACUUUAUGUGUCUUGCAUUUGUUGAGUUCCAAAAAGGUUCAAUCUUUUGGUGUAGUGAGAGAAGAGGAAGUUGUUAUAAUGAUAGAAAAAGUUAGGCAAAGUUGUUCCCAUUUCAUGCCAGUGAACUUAACUGAGUUGUUCUCCAAUGUGACCAGUGAUAUAGUGUGUAGAAGUGUUAUUGGAAGGAGAUAUUGUGCGAGUACGCUUAGGGAACCAAUGAUUCAUUUGGAAGAGUUGUUGGGGGCUUCAGUUUUGGGGGAUUAUAUACCUUGGCUUGAUUGGUUGGGAAGAGUUAAUGGAAUAUAUGGAAGAGCAGAGAGAGUUGCGAAAAUGUUUGAUGAGUUCUUGGAUGAUGUUAUUGAUGAGCAUGUUAGGAAGAGAGGCAAUGAUGUUGGUGGAGAAGGUCAGAAUGAUUUUGUGGAUAUUUUACUGCGGAUUCAGAAGAGAAACACCGCAGAUUUUCAGAUUGAUAGAACAAUCAUGAAGGCCUUGAUCAUGGAUAUGUUUGGUGCAGGUACUGACACUACCCUUGCAGUUCUAGAGUGGGCAAUGACAGAACUCUUGAGACACCCAACUGUGAUGCAAAAACUUCAAGAUGAGGUGAGAAACAUGGCAGGGAACAAGACCCACAUAACUGAAGAGGAUUUGAGUGGCAUGGCUUACUUGAAAGCAGUGAUUAAAGAAACUCUAAGAUUACACCCCCCAUCACCCAUAUUGAUUCCAAGGGAAUCAAUGCAAGAAACCAAAGUAAUGGGGUAUGACAUUGCAUCUGGCACACAAGUUAUGGUUAAUGCUUGGGCAAUUUCAAUUGACCCUUCUAAUUGGAACCAACCUCUAGAGUUUCAACCUGAGAGAUUCUUGAAUAGUUCAAUAGAUAUCAAAGGGCAUGAUUUUCAAUUGAUCCCAUUUGGUGCUGGAAGGAGGGGUUGUCCUGGCAUAACAUUUGCUAUGGCUGUGAAUGAGUUGGUCCUAGCAAAUGUUGUCCACCAAUUUAAUUGGGCAUUGCCUAGUGGAGCAAUGGGAGAUCAAGCAUUGAACAUGUCUGAAACUACUGGGUUGACCAUUCACAGAAAAUUUCCUCUUGUGGCACUUAUCUCCAUACCUAGGAUUUUCUUGGUAGAAUCUAGGUUCUUCAUAUCAAAUUCUCCACUGAGAAGCUUUUUCAGAUUCUAUAUGGCUGCCAUAUCUUUGGAAGCUAUAAGCAUAUCAUGUUCUGAUGAAUCUACUUUUUCUGCAAUAUGUAAAGCAUAG